ACGGACUCUUGACAAGCCUUCUUCUUUACGAGGCGCAUCCCCGGAACUUGACGACACCCGAGAUUCAUUCAGACAGCGAGAAAACUUUUUGUUUUUAUUUAUUAGAUUUUUUUUGUUUUGUUUUUGUUUUGUGGUUUUUUUUGGGGGGGGGGGGGAAUUGCCGCAUAGACGACGAACAACUUCUCUUGGUUGAAACGCUUCAUUUCCACUCCCGUCUUUUGAACAUCCAAAUUGAAAACGAUGAUGACCGAUGGACCAUCUUCAAAAUAAGACCACGCCAAAGAAACAGCGAAAAUCCAAAUAGUUUUGUUUUGGUUUUUUUCAUUUUUUUUGGUCUUUGCCCAAAUCCAAACUCGAAAGAUGUUUUGUCGAUCCGUUGCCCAGUUGCCGUUCUUUCCCGUCGUGAUGCUGAUUGUCGGCGCCCAAGUCCAGGCGGCACCCACGGAAAGAGAUCUGAUGAAACCUCGGAACGGUCUUCCCGCUCUUCUUCAUUUGUCAGCGGUACCCCCGAGGUCUUCGGCCUCGGCUCAGAGCGACUCCCUCGAGCGCCGGCGUCCCGAGGGCAGAGCGGCCGGACGAGGAGACGGAAGCGCCGCCUCCGAGAAGCGAGUCCAGAUGCUGAAGGUGAUCUCGGUGCUGGAGGGGAUGCACCGGACGUUCAACAGCACACUGAGCGCCAGGAUCGCCUUCGUGCCGCGAGCAAGCGCCAGAAAUUCAGGACGAAAAAAUAAAACGGCCGCGGUGACGUCCACCACCGGCCCGCCGGCGGCUGCCGACAGCACCGCAUCCGGAGCCAGCGCCGGCGUCCUGGCGCCCGGCCUCACUGGCCGCAACUUCCGCAAGUCACUCCCGCCGCAGUCCAAGAAGACCAACAAAAGAGUGUGUUUCUGGAAGUACUGCUCCCAGAACUGAGUUUGCAGCCCCCAACCCUCACUUGGCUCCCUUUGACCAUCUCCCCCCUCCUCCCUUCAUCCAACGGAUCAAUUAUGGCCUUUGCUCUCUCCUGGCUCAGGGAUGGGCAACCGGCAGUUCGUGGGCCACAUGCGGCCACAAGAGCACACUUGGAGAGGCCCUUCCAUUCAUUUUAGGGGAAAAGACAAAAAAAAUGUGGGUGUGGGGAUUUGCAACAGCGUAGAGGAAAUGUGGCUCGUCCCCACACUUGGAGUGGUCCCUUAAUUAAGUUUAGAUUGUUUUUUUUUUAUUUAUUCGAAAUGUGGUAGAGGAAACAUGGGCAGUGCCCACGUUCGGAGUGGCCCUUAAAUGAAUUUCUAUUUCAAUUCUAAAUUAGUUUGCUCUACCGUAGCCGAGAAGUUUGAAGUUGUAAUAAUGCCAGUCACCACUAGAUAGCAGACAUCGCUAACGACGGCGCCGGAUCUUCUCUACCGCAGAAGAAGAGCGCAGACGCCAUGAUGAAAAUCAGCGGCGAGCGAGAGGAACGACGCAAUGGCGACGAGAGAAAACUUGCAGCCCCCGCCGUCGUUUAAGUUGCUCGUCCCUGUCCACGUCGCCGUAAAAAAGACAAAAACAAGAAAAAAACAAGUGACCCACUCCUUGACCAACGCGUUUCCUUAAACAUAUGCCAAAUUUGGAUUCACCCAUUGGCCUGCGCCCGUCCUGCCCAGUAGUUUCUAUCUCGCUCCUGUAGACUCGUGUUUGACCUCUGCGUGCUUGGCAACUGUUGCUCGGACAUCGGGAGGCGCCAAGCGGUCCCGCUCAGACCUUUUCAUCCGACUCGUUAAUUAACAAAAGUGACCGAUCAAAGAAGACGAUGUGUGCUCACGGCUGAGCGCAUGAAAAAAAAAAAAUCCCCGUUUAAUAUGCCCCCCCACCCUCCUUAAGACAGAUGCACAUUGUUUUUCUACGUGUAUGCCUUUGUUAAAUAAAGUCGUUGUCCA